CACACCAACAAGGAAUUGCGUAUUUUGACUCCGUGAAGCAAUAAAAAUAUUAAUAAUAGCAUUAAUCACAAUACACUAGUCAAUGUGUAAAUAUCGUGUGAAUCAUUUCAAUGCUAAUCUUAUUGUGUUUUCAUAUUUGAAUUUACUGUAGUGUGUGAUAUCAAGUACAUGUAUUGAAUAAUGUUCGAACGAAAAACGAAAUAUUGUUAUAGGAUUUUGUUAUAAUAACGAAAACGACCCGAAUAACGGCUGCAGACAUAAUUAAACCCAUUAGACAUGGUAGUUCGCUGGCCGAAUCCCCCAUUGUUCAUAUAAUAUAUUGCCAUGGGCCAACAAACAUCUAGGAAGAGCGCGGAGUGCACGUGCGGGUGCGGCGCGUGGGAGCGGCGCCGGUACGCGGAGACUCCGAGCAGCGUGCACCGCUACGUCAGCGCCGUCACAGACAGAUGGGUGGGCGGCGGUCGUGAAUGUGCGUGCCGGAGACGUCGCUGGAGACGUGCGGGCUGCGUGUGUACGGCCUACCGCCGCGUAGACGUCAACGUCAACGAUGCCUGCACAGACGACAGAUUAGCAGCGGUGCUGACCCUCGGCGCGAGAGACCUCCGGCGAGAGUUGGACGCGAUCGUCAGGAAUACAGAUGGUGACAGCGUGCGGGAGAACGGCGAGGCGCCAGCUGAGGUCUACGUACUGUCGGUGGCACCACGACCGACUGAGGGUGAAACAACUCCCGGUGGCCGAGGAUCUGAGCUGAUGCAGCCCAGCGACGGCUCGCUACGGUUCCAUCCACAUUUCCAGGUGGUGUGUGGUGGAGAGCUGCGCGCGUUGUUGCUACGAGGUCCGCCGCUGCCGGUACAGCAACAACUGCAGCAGCUCGAACAGCUGCACGCCACGCCCACCAAGGUGCACACGCAGGUGGACUACAUCCACUGCCUGGUGCCGGACCUGCAGCAGAUCACGGCGUGCUCGUUCUACUGGGGCAAGAUGGACAGAUACGAAGCAGAGAGAUUGUUGGACAACAAGCCCGAGGGCACGUUCCUGCUGCGCGACUCGGCGCAGGAGGAGCACCUGUUCUCGGUGUCGUUCCGCAAGUACGGGCGCUCGCUGCACGCGCGCAUCGAACACUAUCAACAUCGGUUCAGCUUCGACUCGCACGACCCCGCAGUGUUCGCCGCGCCCACCGUCACCGGCCUGAUCGAGCACUACAAGGACCCGGCGUGCGUGAUGUUCUUCGAGCCGAUGCUGACGGCUCCACUGCCGCGCUGCGAGCCGUUCACUCUGCAGCAACUAGCGAGGGCCCUCAUCGUUUCACACACCACAUACGAUGGUGUUGAGAAGUUGCCCCUACCGGCGCGGAUGCGCGCGUACCUCAAGGAGUAUCACUACCGACAACGGGUGCGGGUUCGACGCCUGGAGCCGGAUUUGUACGAGCCACAUCACUGUUGAAUAGUACAUAAAUAAUUCUAAUCACACAUCAGAUUAAUGGUAUUUCCGAACCGAUACGAUAUUGCAACCUUCAAGAGCUUGUUCCUUCUUAAAAGACCAACGCACUUGCUAUU